AUGGGUACAGCAAGUAUUAAGUCUGGUACCAUUAACUUGCUUAACACAAUCGUGGGAGCAGGUAUUCUUGCCAUGCCAUUUGGGUUGAAGAGUAAUGGGUUAUUAUUCGGGUGUCUUUUGAUUGUCUGGUCGUCGCUUACAUCUUCAUUUGGGUUGUAUUUGCAAAACAAGGUGGCCAAAUAUACGCAACAACAAGAAGCAGUUUCGUAUUUCAGUUUAGCACAAUUAACGUAUCCACAAUUGUCGAUAAUCUUUGAUAGCGCAAUCGCGAUUAAAUGCUUUGGGGUUGGAGUUAGUUAUUUGGUAGUCAUUGGUGAUUUGAUGCCAAAAAUAAUGGAGAGUUUACAUGUUAGUAAUGAUAGUUUGUUGAUGGCCAGAAAUUUGUGGAUUACUGUUUUUAUGGUGUGCAUAGUUAUUCCGUUCUCUUAUUUGAAGAAAUUAGAUUCGUUGAAAUACACAUCGGUCGUGGCAUUAUUUUCGGUGGUGUAUUUGAUUUGUCUUGUUGUAUCACAUUUUGUUGUUAGGGAUAUUCCUGUGGAGAGCAUUAAGGUUGACUGGGUAGGGCCGGUGUCUGUGAAGUCUACAUUGGCAUCGUUCCCUAUAUUUGUGUUCGCAUAUACGUGCCACCAAAACAUGUUUGCUAUUAUCAACGAAUUAAAACCUAAUGAAAAAGAGGGUUCACAAACAAGACAAUCGAAUGUUAUCAUUAGAAAUGCCAUUUUGACUGCUUGUAUUUCAUAUUUGAUUGUUGGAGUUGCUGGUUAUUUGACCUUCGGUAAAUCUGUGGGGGGUAACAUCAUCAGUAUGUACCCUAAGGACUCAAUCCUGUCCUUAAUUGGAAGAUUAUGCAUUGUUAUUAUGGUGAGUUUAUCAUACCCCUUGCAAUGCCAUCCAUGUAGAGGAUCGAUUAACCAUGUCAUUUUUUUUAUCAAGAAUGGGUUUAAGGCAAACCUGAAGGCUAAACGUUCAGGAAAUGCUCCAGAGUAUACAUCUUUAGCGUCCGAUGCUGAAUCGCAGUCUGAUUCUCAGGUUGAAUCCCUUGCUGACGAAACUUUUAUUUCCACAACUCCAGUAGAGGGUGCACAAGAUUCAGACGGUCAUUAUCCAAUUGUUGUAAAGUUGUCGUCGAAAAUGUUUUACAUUAUCACGACAUCAAUCCUUGUUUUAUCAUACCUUGUGGCGAUUACCGUCACAUCAUUGGAACAUGUGUUAGCAUUUGUUGGAUCAACAGGGUCAACCUCAAUUUCAUUCAUAUUACCAGGAUUAUUUGGAUACUUGUUGAUUAAACCAAUCAAUGGAGCCACCGAAUUGGACAGAGUUGAGCGUAUCUGCAAAUUCGGAGGAUUAGCAUUAGCCAUAUGGGGUGUAACAGUCAUGUUUGUAUGCUUAGGUGCAACGAUAUUUUUAGGUGCCAAGGAAUAG